CAAAGUUUAGACGAGUUCGCCGGUAAAUUUAAAUUUGUUUCGCGAAAAAGUGUUAAAUUAAGAAUGGAAAUGGAGACAAUCUUGUUGAUAUCUGAUGAAUCUGAUCCUGAGGAAACUUCCAGCACACGUCGUCGUGCGGAAGAGCAAGAUCCGUUGGGUGGAAAACGAAAUUUAAGGAAAAAGAAGCCAAAAAUUGACAAUGACAAGAAGGAACCAGUAGCAUCAACAAGUGACAAAAAGGAUGACGAGGAAGUUAAGCUUCCUCCAGAUCCAACUGAAUUAGAAACGGAUGCUCGAUAUGAGAUAUUGACAACUUUAGAAGGAGCUUGCUUUCAAUCUCGGUUCCCUUAUGACAAGAUGACUACAUACGAAGUGGUUGCAUUCCCAGAAUUCACAAAAAAGACAACGAUCGAACAAAGGAGAAUUUACUUGGGAGUCAGGAAUCGUAUCCUUAAGAUGUGGCUGGAAAAUGUUAAGCAGCAAUUGACUUACGAUUUUGUGUUGAAAAAUAUUGAGAAGCCAUUUGAUAUUGAUCCAGUGCUGAUUAAACGAGUUUUUACAUUCCUUGAACGUUAUGGAUAUAUCAAUUAUGGAAUAUUCACGAAGCUGCAGGAAUUGAAGGUCAAAAGACCCGAAAAGAUUAUUGUCAUUGGAGCGGGAAUCGCUGGUUUAAUUGCAGCACAAAAGCUUCAAAGUUUCGGUUUUGAAGUUUUAACAUUAGAGGCACGUGACAGAGUCGGUGGUCGUAUUGCAACAUUCCGUAAAAGCAAUUAUCAUGCUGAUUUGGGCGCUAUGGUUGUUACUGGAAUUUACGGUAAUCCAAUUACAAUUUUGGCAAAACAACUAGAUCUCGAGCUAAAGAAGAUAAAAGCUCAAUGUCCACUAUUUGGACCAAAUGGCAAACUCAUCUCGAAAAAUAAAGAUGAGAUCAUGGAACGAGAAUUUAAUAAGAUUCUCGAAUGCACAAGCUACUUAUCGCAUGUUCUUGAUUUUAAUUAUGUUGACAAUCAACCAAUUUCGCUUGGUCAAGCUCUCGAGUGGAUUAUUAAGCUACAAGAGAAGAAAAUAAAGAUAAAGAAAAUUAAUUAUUUGAAGAACAUCAAGGAGAUUCAGCAAGAAGUAAUUUCUAAUGAGCAAGCAAUUGCAGAUUGUAAUACGGAUAUUGCCGUCCUCAGAGAUACUCUCCAACGCAUUAUCGACCAACAGAAAGUGACUGAAGAUGACGAGCAGCGUCUUGAGCUCGAGUUUAAAAAGCGCGAAAUUGUCAGAGAUUUGACAAAGAAGAGAAAAGAAAAAAAUGACAAAAAGAAAAGAAAUCAAGAGCUUGAUGCGAAAUUAAAGCAAUGUGAUGAGGAAGAGGCACCCAGUGACGUUUAUUUAAGCUCCGAAGACCGUCAAAUACUUGAUUGGCAUUUUGCUAACCUAGAGUUCGCCAAUGCUGCUCAUUUACAAAAUUUGUCGCUUAAACAUUGGGAUCAAGAUGAUGACUUUGAAUUUAUUGGACAUCAUACAACGGUUCUUAAUGGAUAUUCGAGUGUUGCAAUUGCACUCAGUCGCGAUCUCGACAUACGCUUAAAUACAGCUGUUAAGAAAAUUCGAUAUUGGGAUGGAGGCGUUGAAGUAACGGCAGAAAAUUUGAAGACCAAUAAUUCACAAGUUGUUCAUAAAGCUGACAUUGUUCUAUCAACAUUGACACUUGGUAUAUUAAAAGUGGCCAUAGCAAAGGAAUCGAAUCAGUUGAAUACAGUUCGCUUUGAUCCACCGUUGCCUCAAUGGAAACAGACGGCAAUUGAAAGACUCGGUUUUGGAAAUUUGAAUAAAGUUUGCCUAUGCUUUGAUCGUGUAUUUUGGGAACCAGACAUUAAUCUAUUUGGACAUGUUGGUAGCACAACGGCUAGUCGAGGCGAACUUUUUCUAUUUUGGAACAUAUAUCAAUUGCCGGUAUUGCUGGCACUCGUUGCCGGUCAAUCUGCUCACAUUAUGGAGAAUGUAUCCGAUGACGUUAUUGUCGGUCGUUGCAUUGCUGUAUUAAAAGGUAUUUUCGGUGAUAAAAAUGUCCCGCAGCCAAAAGAAGCUGUCGUCACACGUUGGAGAGCCGAUCCAUGGGCACGUGGUUCAUACAGCUUCGUAUCCGUUGGCUCAUCUGGUACUGAUUACGAUUUGCUUGCAUCACCUGUUAAGCCGCAUUGUAAUAAGGAGCCACGAGUUGAACAAAAGAAUGACGAUGAGAAUGAGAAUGAAGAAGACGAUGGAAUUAUGCCGAGAUUAUUUUUUGCUGGUGAGCAUACAAUCCGUAACUACCCAGCAACUGUUCAUGGCGCUUUGUUGAGUGGAUUACGUGAAGCAGGACGCAUUGCUGAUUAUUUUAUUGGAAAGAUUCCUCAAGAACCUGAGAAAGUUGAAACACCGAGUCAACAAUCUACUGCUGAAGCUGACGAUGAUGUCAUUUUCUUGGAUGAUCAGCCACAAAAUUAAGCAUCUCAUCUUUAAUUCUACAAUCAGAUAAGAUUUUUUAAGCAUUUCAUUUUUUUUAAAGACUAAGAACAAUUUUUAAUAUCGUAAGAAAAAUACUCAUGAGGAAUAAAUUUUUAAAAUUUUAAGAUUUAGUGAAUGAUUGUAAGGCAGGUUGUAUUUCUUUUUGACUUGUAUUAUAAACAAAAAUGAUAAAUAAAGCAUAAGACUUUCUUUGGAUGUAGAUGUCAA